AGUAGGAGUGCCUUUGAUCGCCUGAAAUAUCUGUCACCGGCUGUGGCAUUCACGGCUGAAAAAAGAAAUACUACAGCUUUAAGAGUGGGCUGUUCUGGGUUCCGCUGUCAAUGGGGAUGUUGAUAUCGUGUUUUAAGUCCUUUUGGGCAUCAGUCGAGGAUAUAAAUACACCGGCGAUAUCAGCUAGAGAUUGAAACAGCUAAUUCUUUCACGGAUCAUCCACUUUGAUCGAUACUUUACGAUUCCGUUGUAUGCGUAUAUCCGCACCAUUCUUGAUUUCUGCGUAUUUUGCUGUGAGGACAGGCACGCCAACAUCCAGAAUAACAUCUCCCUACGAUCCCCGAUGGAAGGUAAUAACAUGGCGAUUUCAGAUCGACCCCAGGGCAGGAGAUAAAGACACAGCGCGAAGACACAUCCGGAAGCGGCGGGGGUAUUGUUUCAAGCUAUAAAUGCUUAAGAUGUCCACCCCCAACGACCUGAAGUCCCCCUGCGUGCCGAGGAACGGCAUGGUGAAACUGCCGCCUCAGGCUAACGGCCUAGGCUCUGCCAGCAUCACCAAAGGGACGCCGGCUGCCAAGAACCGCCUGUGCCAAUCAUCCUCCGUGCCCACCAUUCUGCUUCCCCCGACUCUGCCAUAUUACAUGGAGCCCCUUCCGUCGGCGGCCUCCCUGCUGGGCUCCGAUUCGAACGCCGCCGCCGAUCAGCUGUCUCGUCAACAGCUGUCCAUGUCUUCCCUGGAGAGGCAGCUGGUGCUGGAUGAGAAGGUGCUGAACCGGCUGCUCUGCUACUUCACCAUGGCCGAGAAGUGCAUUCUGGCCCAGGUGUGCAAGACCUGGAGGAAAGUGCUAUAUCAGCCCAAGUUCUGGGAUGGCAUCACCCCUGUGCUCCACGCUAAGGAACUCUACAAUCUGCUACCCAAUGGGGAGAAGGAGUUCGUCAGCCUCCAGGGAUUUGCCUUGAGGGGCUUCCAGGCUUUCUGCCUGGUCGGUGUCUCCGACUUGGACAUUUGCGAGUUCAUCGACAACUACCCCCUAUCGAAAAAGGGAGUCAAGUCUGUCAGUCUCAAGAGAUCCACGAUCACUGAUGCAGGUUUGGAGGUGAUGCUGGAGCAGAUGCAGGGUCUCGUACACCUGGAGCUGUCGGGCUGUAACGACUUCACUGAGGCUGGCUUGUGGUCCAGCUUGAACGCACGCUUGACCUCCUUGAGCGUCAGCGACUGCAUCAACGUGGCGGACGACGCCAUCGCCGCCAUCUCACAGUUGCUGCCCAACCUGUCGGAGCUGAGCCUGCAGGCCUACCACGUGACCGACACGGCCAUGGCCUACUUCACGGCUAAGCAGGGCCACACCACCCGUACGCUGCGCCUGCACUCCUGCUGGGAGAUCACCAACCACGGUGUGGUCAACAUGGUCCACAGCCUGCCCAACCUAACAGCGCUGAGCCUCUCUGGCUGUUCCAAGAUCACCGACGACGGCGUGGAGCUGGUGGCCGAGAACUUGCGCAAGCUCCGCAGUUUGGACCUGUCCUGGUGUCCCCGCAUCACCGACAUGGCACUGGAGUACAUCGCCUGUGACCUUCACAAGCUGGAGGAGCUGGUGCUGGACCGAUGCGUGCGGAUCACCGACACGGGAUUGGGAUACCUGUCCACAAUGUCAUCCCUACGCAGCCUCUACUUGAGGUGGUGUUGCCAGGUGCAGGAUUUUGGUUUACAGCAUCUCUUUGCUAUGAAGAGCCUACGUCUGCUGUCCCUUGCAGGUUGCCCCUUGUUGACCACUACCGGGCUCUCCGGCCUCAUUCAGCUGCAGGACCUGGAAGAGCUAGAACUCACCAACUGUCCUGGGGCUACCACUGAGCUCUUCAAGUACUACUCUCAGCACCUGCCCCACUGCAUGGUCAUCGAGUAGUGAGAGUAAACAGCAGCACUACGCAUCACCAGGACAGUCUCAUUCAGUUUAAACGUGAAGGCCGACCGAAACCGUCUUUAUCCACCCAAGGGGAAAAAAGCAAGUGACACGGAUGAGAAGACGAGAGAUGAAAACGAAACAUAUGUGCCGGUGGAACGUACGAAAGUGAAGGCUUGGCGAUUUCGGAGACCCAAAAGGAAAAGGAACGUUAAUAAGUUAAGGCAGAUUGACGUACACAUUCAAUCACACUAACAGUGUUCAAACGCAUCAUGUUUCAUGAAAACAGCGAAGCCGCUUUGGUGUGACAUUCUGUGUUUUAUCGACUAAUAAAAAGCGCAUCCAGUUUUGUCCUGCCGCCUCCUAUCCCGGGACCCGGAGUCCAGGGAAGGGGGUGAGAGUGAAGGGGAGCCCCCCCUCAUGUCUGUGUCUUCUACAAAACCAAUAGAAUGAAGAAUAGUUGCUUCCGCCUUUGUCCCUCCGAGCUGCACGCUUAAGUCACUUCUUGUCACUAUGUAUUUUUUUUUUAGAUAUAUAUUUUUUUGAGGUUAUAUUUUGAUUAGUGGGACAAUAAGAGAAGUAGCUGUGGCAGGCAACGAGCUAUUGGUAGAAGGUACUGCGGUAUUCGCAGUGGCCUCAUUAUGAGGUCGUUGUGCUGCAUGAAGAUGGAAGAGUCUUUACCCUUAUUCGUGGUCAUAAAGGAAUGUACUUGUAUAAGCAUAAUAAGGCCAACUUGGAUAUUAAGACGUAUACUUUAUGUACAUCCAUGUUUGUAGUCAUAGCACUAAUGACCGAUGUUCAGCUACAUCAUAUGGCUGCCAAAGCCAGUAUGAAAGCCAGCUGUUGCGAUAUUGCACAUUACUGGUUAUUUCUUGAUAGUGGUGCGUAGCACUUGAAGUCGACCACAGCGAGUUAAGGAACGGACUGUCAGCUGUAAUACGAAAGUCAUGCAGAAAGCACCUUGGUAUCGUGGGAGCUGAUUCCCCCGAAAUAUACAGGGUGUGCUGCUGUUAGCUGGUGGAAGGGAGUCGAACGGCCAAAACUGUUUAUUUUCUUGUUUGAAAAAUUACCUUCGUAAUUGAAACCCAAGAGGUUAUAAAAAGAAGCAGUAUUUGUGAAAUGGAGUGGCCGGUCCAGUGCAGAGAGGCCGGUCCAGUGCAGAGAGGCCGGUCCAGUGCAGAGAGGCCACAUUGCCAUUCCUCCCAUCACUCCGAGGGCUGAAAUGUGGUUUUGCUCUCCAUCUCCCCCCUCUCCCCAUUUUCUUCUGAAUGUUGACAUUUCUGACAUAUCUCGGGUUGGGGGCGGCGUUCCAGACACCAUCCACACACCCCGCCUCCUUGCCUUUGUGUUCUCCUGCUGUCGUUGAGAGGUUCGCCUGUCCAGUGAGCUCCUCUCUGUUUACACCUGACCUCCUGUGCAGUGUCCAUUGUCAGGGGACGCACAGUGGCAUUAAGAGCACAAAAGGCUCUGCUGGAAACAAACAGUGGCUCUCCACGGAGCCCUCAAUCAGUCUUAAAAUCUAAAUAAAUACAUAUGGUCAGGAUUUUGAACGCAUUUCGUUCCUUUACUUUCCAGCACGAUAUUAUUUCGGGUAAAGCUACUCCUUAACAUCCAUGUUCACACCAGAAAGUCCUAUUAGAAGAGAUUCUCAGUUAUUAAAAUAACCAUGUGUUAGUCACCUCUGCAUAUGUAUUAGGCUGAUUGAUAAUCAGCAAGUUUAUUCAAGGAAACGAAUAUAAGGGAAGCGGAACCAUCUGUGAGCUAAAAGCUAAUGUAUUUCUAAGAGCUGAGGUCACAGUGAGUAAACACAGAGUGGAAACCUGUCUUAUUUUGUUUUCAGUCUAAACAAAGAUGGAUUUCUUCUCAAUAGUCGAUACAGCAAAUCAAGAUAUAAUGCCUCAGGUUAUGUCACCGGAGGUCCAGCCAAAUGAAGGCCCGUCAUUUUGGAACUCCUCGAUUUUUAUUUUUUUUUGUUUGUUUUCUAGGAGUCUGGUAGAGAGAUAGUUUAAAUGAAAUGGGAUUUGUUGCAGCUGGAUAUCUGUAAAUGGGAUAUCUGUAAAGCAGUCCGUGCAGGUGAGGAUAUCUGAAAAAAGAAAAAGGAUGGACUAAAUGGAUUCUGCUGGCUUGUAACACUUUCUACAUUAUGCCUAUGUUCUUAAUCAAGGCCAGUGUUGCUUCACAUAAUUCUUCAUGCUUCUUUAUUGCUUUUUAUUUAUUUUUCUGUGUACCUGAGUGUAAAAAUAUUUUUUGUUGUAUUUAUUUAUAUAUUUAUUCGGCGAAAGGGCCUGUCAGGCGAGAGUACGUUUUGGGUUGGGGGCAAGGGACGAAAGUGUUUUCGAAGUAUCAUUUCAGCUGUUUUUUGGGCUCGCACCCCGUGCUUAUGCUCCCGCUUAGCCAUCUGCUAACCGCACUGAACUGGCUGCACCGCGUCGCUGAAUCAGAAAUGUUUAAAAUCACAGCUUACUUAAAUAUUUGUGUAACAGCGCCGUUCCCAAGCGGCGAGACGCAGGGCGACGGCGAGGCCGAUCCGUCACGCCCCCUGGGGGGGCCCAGAUGGCCGCUGUAAACUUAGCUUUCCUGACACCUGCGCUCAGGCCGCUUAGCGACCAGGCGCCACGGCAACGCUCGUGCUCGAUUGGUGGAAGAGCAGCUAGUGACACGGAGCGAUGAUCCUGCGACUGCACAGAGCCUGGCCUCGGCAGAGCAGACUGAGCAGUGUCACCCAUGCAACUGGUCAUCAGGUUUUUUAAUGCAUAGAAGGAGACCGAUUCCAUGGAGCCCAUUACCUCCUGUUUUCAAACCAAACUAGCCAAGUUCUUAGUGUAAUGUACCUAUUUUACAGUAGUGACUGUGUGGCAGGACGCGUAACCAUUUGGCCGAGGUUUGUUCAAAGCCCAAGUUUAACUUGUUUUUCCUGUUUUUGAUUUUUUGCCCGGAGUUUGCAUUAAUGUCCUGAUACCUUUUUUGGAAACAUACAUUCUAUUAAUAGAUGCGUAGACAUUUCAGAUGAUUCCACGAUUCCACUGGGAAUUCAGUCUGGUUAUUAUAUUAAGAGCUUUCUGAGGACUUUAUUUAUUUAUUUCAUUCUGGAAGAUUCUGUUUUGGUCUGUGAUGGACAAAUGAGAAAAGGAAGAGCGUCUGUAGCUUGCAACUUUAAACCCGCAUUUGUUGACAUCACUGCACUUGAAUUAAAAGUGAAAGUGAAAGUGAAAGUGCACCUCCGUUGUACUGAUGCUUAUUGUUACAUUGGAAAACUGCUUGUAAUUGACAACAUUGAAUUAAAAAUGUCAUUGAAUUCACAGGGGGCUGAACAGCUGUUUGACUUAAUCAUCAUGUUAUAGUUUUGUUAACAUGAUUUAACAUGAUAUUACAAGUAACCUGACCACUGAAAAUGACAGGACUGUAAAUAAUCAAAACAAGUUCAUAUUGUUUUAAGAAUUUGUGCUGAUUGUUUAUGAAUAUGUGCAAGAAACAAACAUAUAUUAUCAACUCUGCAAAUAAGGUCAGGUUUUAAACAUGGGUUUUUAAUGACCUACAGACAUUUCAAUAUACGGGGUAUGUGUGAAAUUUGUAAGCAGAAAAUGAGUUCCUCCUUCAGUUCACCCCAAAAAAGUCAAACUUAUUAACUUCUUGUGUACUUUUUCUAUGUCAUUCUGAUCCUUAGUUUUCACUUUUUUAUGUUUAAAGCAUAAAUUUCCCAUUAGAGUCGGGUCCAGAAACUGAGAGAGCAGAUUCAUAAGGUGGAUUCUGUGGUCAGUUCUUUUAGAUUUGUUUUUUGGAUUAUUGCCUCGUUGAAAGGUCAAGCUAAACUUUUGUUCUUGGUGGAGAGAACAAGAAUUUAGGCCAAAAUAUUCUGUCUUAUCUAUAUUAAUCACUCCAGGACAUAUGGAUGCAAACAGCCCCGACAGAAGACCUCUCACCAUAUUUCAGAGAAGGCCUAGAGUUAUGACAUGAUUGUCAUUUGGCUGAUGCCAAACAAAAUGCUGGAUGCCUAAAACAGUUUCUGUCUGCAGUAACCAUAAAAGAAGGGUAACAGUUGCAGUUUAUUAAACAUGAGGUUUUCUUCAAUUACCUAGAGAAGGAACCUCUGUUUUGUAAACCUUUUGUACAAAUUUUCCAGAACGCUGACAUCAAACAGUGGAUUCUCUUGGCCAAGUUUGGCAGGACAGCUGAGCUCUAGAGUAUCUUCUGCUUCUAAAACCACCCGUAUGAGUGCUUGUUGGAGCAGCGUAACAGUACAUCAUUUACCUGGCACAUCAGCUUUGAUGUUUAUAAUUUAGUCUACAGAGAGAUUUGGUUCAUAACUGACAACCAAUAUCCACUGUGUGCUGGAUAAACAUGGAGAUGCAUGGUAUAUGUUAUUAAAGUAAUGCUGCCUAUUUGUCCUGACACAAUCAAUAAAUUCCUAGACAUUCUAUUGCA